AUACAACCUGAAUAAAAGGCUCACUUUGUGUUAACUUCAUUCCAGCCUCGAGUGACUGCUUUUUGGUCCACACUACAAAGAAAAGGCAGACUCCUGAUACCUUGUAGUUUCUGUCUUUCCACAGAGGAGGAUGCUUCCACAGAUAGAUGGACUUUCCCUUUCUCCAUGCACAGUCUUUGGUAUUUUGAUUUUCCAACUUCUGAUACACUUAAAUAGGGCAGAGUCUCAGGUGGUUGGUCCACAUCAGCCAGUAGUGGCAUUAGUUGAUGAUGAUGUUAUUUUACCAUGUCACGUGGAGCCUGCAGAGGAUGUGUCAGCUCAGAUAUUGGAGUGGACACGAUCUGACUUGAACCCAAGAUUUGUCCAUGUGUGGCGAUCCGGUCAGGAUCUGGUGAAUACAAGAAAUCCUUCAUACAGGGGAAGAACAUCACUGUUCAUCAAUGAACUGAAGCAUGGAAACAUUUCACUGAAACUCUCCAGAGUAAAACUCUCUGAUAAAGGAACAUAUGAAUGCAGCAUUCCUUUAAUGGGGAAAAAUUAUUUUGUUAAGCUUGCGGUUGCAUCAGAUGCUGCCACCUCACUUCUAAUCAGUUUCUCAGGGAUUGACAAAAACAGAGGAGGAGUGGUGUUACAGUGUGAGUCUGCAGGCUGGUAUCCAGAGCCUGAGCUGCUGUGGUUGGACGGUGAGGGAAACCUCCUCUCUGCUGGACCUACAGAGACCCUCAGAGGUCCUGAUGACCUCUAUACUGUCAGCAGCAGAGUGACUGUGGAGAAGAGACACAGCAACAACAUCACCUGCAGAGUCCAACAGAGGAACACCAACCAGAGCAGAGAGACACACAUACAUGUUCCAGAGGAUUUCUUUGAUAUCCCAUCCAGUUCUCCCUCUGUCACCAUCGGUUUGGCUGUUAGCUUGGCUCUAUGCAUCAUGAUGUUAAUUUUGUCAGCUGUUCUUGCCCAUAGAAAGAAGCAAAACACGACUAAAGAUGCUCAAGUUUCCUCUGAAGAUGGUGAGAGAGAGCAACUCAAUAUGAAGGCAAGAGGAAAAACUCAGAAGCAGAAUAAAUUUUGGAAGUUGCCAAUAACUUCAAGGCGGAAGCUCCAGGAGGAACAACAGAGGAGGGAGGAUGCUGAAAAUAAACUUGGCGAGCUGCAGAAUGAUAAAGAAAAGGUUCAUAUGUGUCAUUUCUUAUGUGUGUGUGUGUGUGUCUUUAAUAAAGUGUCAUCUUGA